UUGCUUGGCUGCUUGGCUGCUUGGCCGAUGUGCGAGGGCAUGAUUUAAAUUCAACGCAGACAGACGUUCAGCGGUCUUUGACGACGAAAGACCAGAUCAGUUAAGAUCACACGUUCAGUGGCGGUGGCACACACGGCGCGAAAGAAAAGUAAAGCACAUCAAACGAAAAUAAUUUAUAACAACAAAAACAACACUAAAAGAAUGUGAAAAUUUAGACGAAUACGUUGAAAAUCAAAAGUAGAGGAGUAAUCGAAGGUGUAACGAAAGAAGCACAACAUCAAAAGGAAGAGCGAUACGAAAAACGACACAAGAGGAAAAGAAAGAACGAUCAGAAAUUCACUUUGUCUUUGUUGUUGUUGGUCGCUUUUAUCUCUGUUUAUUUCCUUCCAACGCACACAUUUUCUUGUCUUCCAUUGUUGAUCAAACAAAGAGGUUACAAAAUACCUGCAAAAACAAUAAAAAACAAAAACAAAAACUAAAACACACAAAAAAGCGAUGCUUAAAAUGUAAAUGUAAUAAAAUUGUGAGACCAAAAGGAGUCAAAGUGUAAUGAGAAAGAAAGAAAAUGUAUAACAAAAAAGAAGUGUAAAAUGAUGAAAAUCAAAAAUAAAGAAUCAUACAUAAAAAGUGAAAUAUAUAUAUAUAUUCAUGUGCAUAACGACGAACACAACGUGAGCUAUAUUUAUACAUAUCUACAUAUAAUACAUAUAAGCGACAAGAAAUGUGUCAGCUGUAGACCUCGUAGUGGGUAUACACGUGUGAAAUUCCUGCAACAAACAAAUUAACGGUUUGUUUAACGUUCUUGUUUUUGGAGGCGAUCUGUUUAUCUACCUAAAACGCAACAAAAAAAAAUCCGAAGAAAUCCGAAAAUUUGUGCCACAAUAAUUACGAAGAAAUAAAAGUAAAAUAGAAAUAAAAACAAAGCUGUGAAAGUGCAAAGUGUCAACACGGAGGCAGCAACAGUGUGAUAAUGAUUAUUUCCAAAGAUCUGUUCAUAUUCGGCGAACAAAUAUUUGCGACUAUCGUACCAGAAGGCGGCAGCACACAGACUGCACAACAACAACAACCGCAGCAACAAUUAUUGUCACUCGAACAACCGCUGCAACAGGAACAACAACAACAACAGAAACAGCAGCAGCAGCAAUUGACAAUUAUAAAUACAACAACAUUUACGAGCGACGCAGAGGCCAUAACAACAACGAAGCCAGCAAAGGCUAGCGCAUUUGAACGCAAGGGGCAAAUGAACAGCGGAGCUCUGGAAGCAACACCAGUCAACGAAGCAACCGCAUUUGCCGCACUGGUCUCAAAGGAAGUAGUAGAGCCCAGGAAUACAUCGCACAGCCUUAAAUUGGAACAGCCACAGCAAACGAGAACGCGCAAGAAGGAAAACGGUGGUGUGGACGGCUGCAGGCCAAAUAAGUUGAGCACGAAUAGUGCACAAACAACAGCAACAAAGCCAACACCGUUGUCGACAGGAAGCGACACGGCGACAUCAUCAGUGAUCAUUCAGUUGGACGAAGACGCCAACGGCAAGAAGAAGUCAUUAAUGAAGAGAAACUUAGCAAAAAUUAUCGCAAAACCGGCAACAGCUCUUACGGCUACGGUAAUUGCUGGUGGAGCAACCGGCAUUGGCACGGGCAGUGGUGCAGGCGCAGGUGCGGUUACGGCGGCCGCUGGAGCGAGCAUAAAGACAACCGCAAAAAAGGUUAUUGAAGUGGCAAAUCAAACAAACGAUUUCGCAAUACACGAGGUAGCACCACUGCUGCCGGCCGAACGUGUUGAGUUGCAAAUACAGCCACAACAACAAUUGGAGCAAACAAUCGCCGAUCAUCAUCGUCAUCUGCGUCUACAACUGCAUUGCGACUUGCCACUCGCAGCGACAGCUGAGGAAGGCGAUCUGCCAUCCGCUUCGACCACAACAACAACAGCAACAACAAUUGUCGAUACUUCCGAUCACAGCAGCUACAACACGACGACCGCUGUCCCCGAUCCAACGCCAGCACCGCAUUUCACUGCCGGCCACAAUUCAAACCUCAACUCCGAUGAGGACCUGCCGUCAUUGACAACAACUACGACGACAACAACAACAGCCACAAUGAGCAAAGUCAUUUUGGGCAACAACACAAGCAGCGAUCAAACGAUGUCCACAUUUCCCUUCAUAUCCGACAUGGAGCCCCAUCACCGUACGUUACAGUUGUCAUUCCAGAAUCUAAACGUACUGCACAAUGAGCGCCAGAUACUCUGCGAUGUGAGUGGCUUAGUAAGCCCCGGUGAAGUUUUAGCCGUAAUGGGCCCAUCUGGCAGUGGGAAGACUACAUUGCUCGACUGCCUCAGCGGGCAGCGCCGUUUCGACAGUGGUGGCGUUUACCUAAAUCGGGAGCCGCUCUCUAAAAAGUGGCGCCGCAAGAUCUGUUACGUAUUGCAAGAGGAGAUCUUCUUCUCUGGCCUAACCCUCAGAGAGACAGUUAUGUAUACAGCACUGCUGCGUCUGCCGGAGAAAAUGCCAAAGGCGGAGAAGACACAACUGGUUGAUCGUAUACUCGAGGCGCUGGAGCUAACAUUUUGUCAACAUACAAAAUUUGGUGAUUACCUGAAUCGUGGACUGUCGGGUGGUGAAAAGAAGCGCGCCAAUAUCGCAUGCGAGUUGCUAACGAAUCCGUUGUUGAUGUUGUUAGAUGAGCCAACAUCCGGCCUUGACAGUCAUUCCGCCAUAUCGCUCAUGAAGUUUCUCAAACGCUAUGCUGUGCAAGAGCAAAAGACCGUGGUGAUCACCGUUCAUCAGCCGUCUUCGCAAAUGUUCCAUAUGUUCGACAAGCUGUUGUUGCUAUACAACGGCCGCACCGCCUACUUCGGCGAGGUGAAUAAUAUUUACACGUAUUUCGAGAAUAUCGGAGUUGCCAUCAAGCCCCACUACAAUCCCGCGGACUUCGUAUUGGAGCAGCUCAAGUCGUAUCCGAAAAUCCGCGAGAAGCUCUUCAUUGCCGCCAAAGAGUCGCACGGCAACUACUUGAACCGUAAUUGUAUAACGGUGAAUACGAACAAUCAACGCAACCAACGACACCACUCAAACAACCAACAACACAAUGGCGGCAUCACUGUUGAUGGAUCGGCCUGCACGUUGCCCAACGACACAACGACCACCGAAAUUGUCAACGAGAAGUCGAACAAGCACGAUGCGCUCAUCAACGACAUCAUCAACAACUACUACAAGGACAUGCACAACAAUCACAACAACCACAACAAUCACAAUAAUCACAUCAAUCAUGAUGCCAUGCUCAUCAUUAGCGAUCAUCAGAGCUCAAAUGAAGAGGCGUCCCAACAGCUGUGGUAUGGUCAUGAUUCCCAAUCCAAUUCCAGUGCCACUUCGAGUGAUUGCCAACGCUAUGAGACAUGCGGCGGUGACACCGAAUGGCUCGACUAUCCUACCAGUUUUCACACACAGUUCUGUGUGUUGUCCAGUCGAAAUUUCAAAGAGGCCAAGCCGUGUAUGUUAUCCAAGUUGAACUGGUUCCAAACGAUCGGAUUAGCCCUGAUGGCCGGUUCCAUAUGGUUCCAAAUCCCACGCACAGAGGAGUUCCUACACGAUUUGCAGGGCUGGAUGUUCUUUUCACAAACGUACUGGAUGUUAUUCGCUCUCUUUGGUGCUUUAAAUUCAUUCCCUGCCGAGCGCGAAGUUAUCAGUAAGGAACGUCGUUCGGGCGCAUACAGGCUUUCUGCCUAUUACUUGGCGAAAAUGUUUGGCGAAUUGCCUUUGGUUGUGACGCUGCCGACUGUCUACCUCAUGAUAUCCUACCCGAUGUUGGGCUGCACGAGUUUCAAACUGUUCUCCCUGAUGUUGGUCUUUCUGCUGCUCAACACGAUUGUGGCGCAAAGCGUCGGUUUCUUCAUCGGAGCUUGCUGCAUGGAUAUGAAUGUCAGUAUCACGCUGAGCGCGCUCUACACGUUGGCGACACAACUCUUCGGAGGCUAUUUAUCCACACGCAUUCCAGAGGGCCUUAGCUGGAUACGCUACACCUCCAUGAUCCACUAUGCGUAUCAAAAUAUGCAGAUACUGGAGUUUCGGGAAGGGCCAGCGAUUAGUUGUGGCAAUCCCAGCAGUUUUGAAUUUUGCAAAAAUGCUGACAACAACAACACAGCCACAUUCAUUCCAUAUGGGGAAAUACUCAAGGCACAAAACUCCACAUCGCCGCUGUGGCUCAACACGAUGGUGCUAACGAUGUUCUUCGUGGUAUUUCGUUGCCUCGGCUAUGCGGUGCUGCGCUAUGUGCGUUGCCCCAAGACGUGAUAUUCCCAAGUCCAGUGAGAUUAAUGUGAAAACGGAGGUAGUAACGAACUACAAAAACAUGGCAUUUUCUUAUACAUAUAUUAGAUGCUACAUAUCUAUGUAUUAUAUAUAUGCAUACGAGUAUAUAGAAACGAUUUCGUUUCCUGUUGGUCAUUUUUAAUUUAUGAAAUGUUGUUUUUGCCUUUGUGAUUAGCGAACGAAGUGUUUCGAAAGCUUCGAGGGAGAGCUCUUCUUGGCUAGAAACUCUGUACGAGACACCUUCGUUCUAAUAUACAAAUGUG